AUGGAUGCAAAUAUAUGUAGGAACUUCCUUUUAGUAAGGGAUAAAUUCCCCGAUCAAUUGGACAAUAAUGAGAAUUAUACAUUUAAAGAUAAACAACAUUUCAAUGAUUAUUGUACUAGUGGUUGUGAUGGUUCUCUCGAAAAGGUUAAUGCUGGAUGUUUAUAUUUCUUUGAUGCAUUCUUUAAGGAUUCUUCUGUGUUUGAAUCUGUUGCAAAAAAUAACAUAGAUGUUGUUUAUUACAUUAUUAUAUGGUUAGGUUAUAUGUUAAACCUAAAGUCAAAUCAAGAAAAUAAUCUAAAAUAUUUUUAUACUACAUAUAUAAAUAGUAAUGAAAAGUAUAAAAAUUCUAUAAAUGGUGUUACGGAGUACAAAAAUUAUAUGGAUCUUAUAGAUAAAAAAAAGGAUUUGAUGGAUAUUUCUAAUGAAAAUAUAUCUAAAUUUUUUGCUCCAUUUAAAUUAUUAUGUGAAAUGUAUAAUGAAUUUGAUGAUGACAAGUCAAAUUGCAAAAAAUGUUCGAAUAAAGCUAAAGAAUUUGUUGAAAAAUAUAAAGAUCUUAACAAAGAUUAUAAUAACACUGAUACCAGUCCAUAUAUAAAAAUAUGGUCUACAUUAUCAACUGAUUAUAAUAAUUUAAAAAAUAAAUGUAACGAUACUUCAUCCUUUCCAUCGAUAGAAACAACACAAAAUACUACAAAAAUUACUGAACAAACUGUACAAAAUUCUGAACGAAAUGCACAAUUUUCUGCAUCUAAUUCUGCACAAGCAUCUGAAGUUACAUUAUCAAGUUCGUCGAUAGGAAACAAAUUAAUUCCAGUUUUAUCGAUAUUUGGUGCAAUAACAUUUUUUUUAGGAAUUGGAUAUAAGUAUUCAUUAUUUAAGUCUCGAAAACGAUCUCGAAAACAACAUUUAAGAGAACAGCUAAAAAAUAAAGAAGAAAAUGGAUAA